AUGAAGUCAAUGACAUUUGGCGCGACAUCGUCCCCUUCGUCGGCAAUGUUCGUCAAGAACCACAAUGCUCACAGCCACUCGCAGACGCCGCCUCGGCUGCAGGCUGCCAUAGUCGAGCGUCACUACAUGGACAACUAUUUCGACUCCACAGACACCGUUGAAGAAGCCACCGCGCUGUCUGCUGACGUCAUCCGCAUCCACAAGGACGGAGGCUUCGUCAUCCGCCAUUGGAUCCACAACUCGCCAGCCGUUCUGGCAUCUGUAUCAGCUAGCUGGCCAUCCGCCGCUCCCAAAGUGGAGCCAGAGGACACGGACCCCGAGCUGAAGCGAGAGUUCUGUGGGGCCACUGUCGCCACGACGUCCCUGCAGGAAGCGCUCCCCGAUAUCGCCAGGUUUUCGUCAUGGAUGCGUCUGGUUCGCACCACAGCCUGGGUGACCUGCUUCGUUGAGCGCCUGAAGGCUAGAGUUGCCAAGAAAGCCGUGAAUCCCAGUAGCGAACUGUUGCCAUCAGAGUUCCGACACGCCCAGCAGCUCUGGUGGGAGAACGUGCAGCACCAGUCGUUCCCUGACGAACUCGCCGCGCUGCAGCAGGGCAAGCCAGUCACCCGCAGAAGCCGCCUGGCAUCGCUGACGCUGACCCUAUUGGACAGCACCAUAGUGGUUCACGGGAGAACAGACAACGCGCCUCACUUGCCUGAGUCUACAAAGCGUCCAGUGUUACUCGACCCUUACCACUGCUACACCCGAUUACUCAUCCUGCAGCACCACGUCGGGGCAGGUCAUCAAGGGCAGGAACAAGUUCGGAACGAUUUACGCCAGCAGUACUGGAUUCCCAGAUCUCGAGCCGCUGUUCGCCGUGCCUGGAACUCCUGUUUGAGGUGCCGUCACCUCGCAGCCACACCGCAGCCACCGGUAAUGGCGCCGCUACCGGAGUGCAGAACCGCAGCGUACGAGCGCCCGUUCUCCCACACGGGAGUUGACUACUUUGGUCCAAUUGAGGUGACUGUCGGGCGUCGACGCGAGAAACGAUACGGCGUUCUAUUCACGUGUUUGACUGUUCGAGCCGUGCACCUGGAAAUAGCCUCGAGCCUGACAACCGACUCGUGUAUCAUGGCUAUCCGCCGCAUGAUCGCUCGGCGCGGAUACCCUGCUGUACUGUAUUCGGACAAUGGCACGAAUUUCAAAGGAGCUGAACGGGAGCUUGCAGAGGCGAUUGCAGCGCUAGAUGUCGGUGACCUCAUGCGUGAGCUGACGCCCAGAAACAUCAAGUGGGUCUUCAACCCUCCUGCCGCGUCCCACAUGGGUGGCGCUUGGGAGCGCUUAGUGCGCUCAGUAAAGAUCGCCCUGAAAGCGACUCUCAAGGAACGGACGCCACGUGACGAGGUGCUGACCACCGUCAUGGCCGAGGCCGAGUGCAUCGUAAAUGGCCGGCCACUGACACACGUUUCUAUCGACCAUGCUGAUGCUGAGAGUCUGACGCCGAAUCACUUCUUACUCGGCGGCAACCACCGAGCUGUUGCGCCAGGGAAGUUUUAUGAGAAGUGCCCGAGGAAGCAGUGGUGGAUUUCCCAGGCCAUGAUCGAUAUGUUCUGGCAGCGCUGGGUCCGAGAGUAUCUCCCCACGCUAACGCACCGGACCAAGUGGUUCAAGGCGGCAGAACCGAUCAAGGUUAACGAUGUUGUCGUCAUUGCUGAUCCACAGUUGGCCCGAAGCUGCUGA